GUGAAAGGUUAGAAGUCAGCUCAGACUGAAGAAGUGAAUCUGCUGAACCUGCAGGAAGAAAAGACAACAGGAAGAGAGAUUUCACAACAAGCUGCAGAAAAAGAGAAGCAACCAUCGACAGAUUCAGACUCAAUAUCUGACGGAUCCAUUCCUGAUACCGGAGCUUUGACCAGAAAACUGAGAGGGAACGUCUACAGAACACUGACAGAACAUCUGGACAACACAGGGACAACAUCUGGCUGAUUAGUGAAGAAUCCACUGAGUUGGUUUCAUCUAUUUGAUGAUCAGGAUUCUGAUUGGACCGACACUCCGCCACAGUCCCUCUUCAUUGGUUGUUCAGCCCAGUUCUUCAGCAGCUGAUUGGUUCUCCAGAGGAAGAUGGCCGUCAGCUCACCGAAAGACAAGUACGGGGGCGUGUGGCUGAUCUUCUUCAUGCUCGGGUUGGGAACGCUGCUGCCGUGGAACUUCUUCAUGACUGCGACUGUGGUAUGAUACACACACACACACACACACACACACACAAGUUUGGGUUGCUAUCCCCGUGGGGAUCUACCAUUGACUCCCAUUCAUAUCUAACCCCUAACCCUAACCCAACCUUAACCAUCACCAAAACAAUGUCUAACCCUAAAGAAACAUUUUUGCACUUUUACUUUUUUUAGUAACAACAACAUGGCCAAGAAAACACUGCUUCCCCCCGUGGGGACCUCAUUUUUGGUCCCCACCGUGACGCGAGUCCCCACCGAGUUAGGCGAAACAUGCCCACACACACACACACACACACACACACACACACACACACACACACACACACACACACACACACACACACACACACACACACACACACACACACACACACACACACACACACACACACACACACACACACACACACACACUGUCAAGCACAACAGGAUGUCCUGCUGCUUCCACUUCUUACCCAGAAUCCUCUGCAGUGGACAAUCAUCACAUUUGUCUCUGAAAUAUAAACCAGUCUGACGCGAGGACUGUCAGUUAGAUCAGGACCGAGGUUCAGACAAAACACACCAAAACCUAAAACCUGACAGUAAAAACAUCAGGCAGGUAACUACAGGUGAGAAUCACACAAGUAACUCCAGGUGAACUCACAGGAAGCAAACAGGACAAAAUGACAAAAGACUGAUGAAGACACAAGAUACAGGUGAGACACAAACUGCAGUAAGACAACAACAGCCUGUUGUUGUCCAUCCAUCCCUCUGUCUGUCCAUCUGUCUAUCUGUAACCUGUCUGUCUGUCCAGUACUUCACCGGCCGCCUGAAGGACUCCUCAUUGGACGUUUCUUCAGCCAAUGAGACAGAGGCAGCAGGUGAGCAGCGCAGCGUCCUGGAGGCCAAAUUCAACAACGUGAUGACGCUCUGCGCGAUGCUGCCACUGCUGCUCUGCACCUGCCUCAACUCCUUCCUCCACUCACUUAUUCCUCAGCGUCUGCGGGUGAUGGGCAGUCUACUCGUCAUCAUGUUCGUCUUCGCCAUUACCGCCGUCCUCGUCAAAGUUCCUCUGGAGCCGCUGCCCUUCUUCUCCGUUACCAUGGUGAAGAUCGUCAUCAUCAACUCCUUCGGAGCCGUGCUACAGGGCAGUCUCUUCGGGAUGGCUGGGUUGCUGCCGGCUUCCUAUACGACUCCCAUCAUGAGCGGUCAGGGACUCGCUGGAACAUUCGCUGCCUUCGCCAUGAUCUGCGCCAUCGCAAGUGGAUCUGAGAUACAGGAAGCUGCCUUUGGUUAUUUCAUCACCGCCUGUGCAGUGAUCUUCCUCUCAGUGUUGUCCUACAUCCUGCUGCCCAGACUGGAGUUUUUCCAGUUUUAUCAGGAGAGAAACCCGAACCAGACUACAUCAGACGAGGAGCAGAACUCAAUGAGUCUGAUGAACCAAGAGAAUAAAGAUGAAGCUGCUGACCAGAAGAAACACGACAUCUCCAUGAUGAACAUCUUUAAGAAGAUCUGGAUUCUGGCGCUGUCAGUCUGCUUCACCUUCACCGUAACCAUCGGCACGUUUCCCGCAAUCACAGCCGACACUCAGUCCUCCCUCGCUGACGGCGGCAGCUGGGACCUCUACUUCAUCCCGGUCAGCUGCUUCCUGCUCUUCAACCUGUCGGACUGGGCAGGGCGGAGCUUAACAGCCGUCUGUAUGUGGCCAGGAAAAGACAGCAGGAUUCUUCCGAUGCUCAUCUUGUGUCGUCUCGUCUUCGUUCCACUCUUCAUGUUGUGCAACGUCCAACCUCGUCUCCACCUGCCUGUCGUUUUCCACCACGAUGGUUUCUUCAUCGUCUUCAUGAUCCUCUUCGCCUUCACUAAUGGAUACCUGGCCAGCCUCUGCAUGUGCUACGGCCCAAAGAACGUUCUUUCUCAUGAGGCAGAAACAGCCGGAGCCAUCAUGGCCUUCUUCCUGUCUCUGGGUCUGGCUCUGGGAGCUGCUCUGUCCUUCCUCCUCAGAGCUCUGGUCUAACUGGGAAAGACCAGUCUCAUACUGGUCUUACUGGGAAAGACCAGUCUCAUACUGGUCUUACUGGGAAAGACCAGUCUCAUACUGGUUUAACUGGGAAACCUCCUUUUUCCAUUGGUCUAACUGGGAAUGUGAGACUGUGAGCUUUUUAAAACAAACACAUUAUUCAUCACUGCUCUAACUGAGAAACUUCCUCUAUGUGACUGGGCUCGGCCAGUUCCUUACUGGUCUGACUGGGAGGAACUUACUAGUGCAGCUGUCAGACCUCCAGAUGAUAAACUACCACUACAUCCAUUUUUUCUGCUUCAAGAUGAACAUGAAACUCUGACAGGUUUGUACAUAACUAAUGACAUUAGUUUUAUUUUGAUGAUGGCAGUGCAACAGGAAGUUGUUUUCUGUUAACUCUCUGCUGUAAAUAUUAACAUCCUGACAUGUCGAAUAUUUAUAGAGACAUACGGAUACAGGACAGAUUCUAGCCAACUGACAGUAGAGUGAUAACUGAUCAAACAACCAGCACCUUCUGCUGAUGUUUUACCUCAAAGCAAACUGUUGUUCAUAGAAAUAUGAAGUUGGGUGUUUCUUAGGUUUGAUGUCUUUAAAGAUCAAGUUGUGUUUUUGGUUUCAUGUCUGAGAACAAAAUGAGAAACAUCUGAUUCUGUGAAACACAUUCAGCCUUCACGACAGCUUUAUUCUUGUUUAUAAAACAUGAGAAAUCUGUGGAAACAUGGAAAUAAACAUUGAACUGUUCUUCCUCUGAGGAAACUCUAUCUUUAGGGGAACAUUACAUGUUGUUUUACAGCUGUAAAUAUUCAUUUCAUGUCAGACUUUUCUCACCUGACUCAGGUGUUCUCUGUAAUAAACAUGAGCUGUGAUGUUUUCAUCGCUGUGUGAACAUCCCAACA